CAUGGAUAAACAAGGAGAGAAACAGGAACAACUGUGGCACUAUUUUAUUGUUAUAGCCAUACCUGUCUGUCUGCACUGUUUGGAAGUAUCUGUCAAAUGCUGUGAAAAACAACCUGCAGUCAUUUCAUUCAGCUGUAGCGCUCACCCUACAGCCCCCAACCCCUCACAGCCUGAGGGGCAAAGUAUGCAAGACAUCGGGGCUCUGACAACAGAUGAGCAGUCCUAUGCAUGCAGCAGCUCGUCCCACUGUGUCAAGUAACAACAAGAGAUGUCCAUUAGGAUGAUCUCCUCCAGUAUUCCUCACCAGUAGCUGGACAGCAUGGCUUCUGCUCCUCCUUCCAGAGAGGACACCAGUAGCUCAUUAGCACUGCGCUGGAGGCUAACGCCGACAUAGAACCACAACCCCCAGGACACCGACUUCAAACUGAACCGAAAUCAAGCUGAGCUACGCCCCCCCACAGACCUGGUUAAACGUGCUUAUGAACUGCCUUCAGAGGAUGACUCGUGCCAGAGAAGCACAUGUCCAGGACAGUGACGUCACCACAGUGUAACAGCAACAACAUCUGGACUGAGACCCUGGACCAUGUUCUGUCUCUGAUUGGGUGCUUUGGUGGCAGAGCUGGACUGUGCAGCUCUUCCACACUUAGACAAACCUGGACUCUGAGCCAUGUCUUUUCUCUCAGCCCUGAGCAUCAUCUGUGGAUUGAUGCUUCAUGUUUCAUUAAGUACACUCAACAAUCAAUACUGUGUCCCACGAAAGACUGUCCCUUACCAGAACGAGCUGAAGUUCUUCAAAGAAGAGGGGAUCUUCAACUACUCCACAAUGCUAAUGAGAGACGACUUGGGUGUGCUGCUGCUGGGGGCCAGAGAGGCCGUCUAUGCUCUGGACAUCGACAACGUCUCGGUCAAAAAGGCUGCGGUGUAUUGGCGAGUUACUGAGGAGAAGCAGAGGGAGUGCACGUACAAAGGAAAACAUGCUGAGGUGGAAUGCCGUAACUACAUUCGAACCCUGCACAAAGUGAAUGACACCACAAUGUAUGUUUGUGGCACAAAUGCUUUCAGUCCCUCCUGUGAUUAUAUGACGUUUGUUAAUGGACAGCUGAGGCUGGAGGGAAAGCAGGAGGAGGGAAAGGGGAAGUGUCCUUUUGAUCCCUUCCAGAGAUACUCCUCCCUCAUGGUUGGAAAUGAUCUGUAUUCUGCUACGUCUAUCAACUUCUUGGGCUCCGAGCCAGUGGUUCUGCGCAGCUCAGACUUGGCUCUCCGCACUGAGUUUAAGAGCUCCUGGCUCAGUGAGCCAAACUUUGUCUACAUGGACUUUGUGGGUGAGAGUUUUGGUAGUCCGGAUGGUGACGAUGAUAAGGUGUACAUGUUCUUCAGUGAGAACGCCAUGGAGUACGACUUCUACAGUAAAGUUGCAGUGUCUCGAGUGGCCCGUGUCUGCAAGGGGGAUAUGGGCGGCCAACGGACACUGCAGAGGAAAUGGACGUCGUUCCUGAAAGCUCGUCUGGAUUGUUCACUCCCUGAACCCAGCCUGCCCCUCAUUGUCCAGGAUGUCUUCCUGCUGAAAGACGAGGACUGGAGGAAGACAGUCUUCUACGCUGUCUUCACUCCGCAGUCGAGCUUGUCCCAGGUCUCUGCAGUAUGUGCAUAUAGUGUGUCGGCCACUCGAGAUAUUUUUAAUGAGGGCAAGUUUAAGACACCCGUUGCUGUGGAGACAUCUCACGUCAAGUGGGUGAUGUACACUGGAGAGGUGCCAGUCCCCAGACCAGGAGCCUGCAUCAAUAGUGUGGCACGUGAACUGGGGAUGAAUCGCUCGCUGGACCUUCCAGACAAAACCCUUCAGUUCAUUAGGGACCGCCCCCUUAUGGACGAGGCUGUUCGCCCGCUGACAGGAGGGCCGCUUCUGCUCAAGACGGGAGCUUUGCUGACACGGAUUGUCGUGGACAGUGUGUUGGCGCUGGACAGACAGAGAUAUGUCGUCAUGUUCAUUGGCACAGAAAACGGUUAUGUACAGAAGGCUGUCAACUACGCUGGAGAGAUGUUCAUCAUUGAGGAAAUUCAACUGUAUGAAAACCCAGUUCCUAUUAGCAUCCUGCGUCUCUCAUCCAGCAAGGGCCAACUGUAUGCGGGAUCAGAGUUCGGUGCUAUCCAGAUGCCGGUCAGUAACUGCAGCCGCUACGACACUUGUGUGGACUGCAUCCUGGCAAGGGAUCCUUACUGUGCCUGGGACUUCAACACCCAGCAGUGCUCCUCAGUCUACAGCUUACCACCCCCCUCAAGUAAUGCACUACAGAGCCUGAAGGAGGGAAACGUCUCACAAUGUCCAAGGCCAGAUCCAGUAGCAGCUGUGGACUUUACCCUAGUUCCAGACAACAAUAUUCAGCUGCCUUGCCAGCUCCACUCCAACUUGGCACAGGUCCUUUGGCGAUUCUCUGGCCAAACACUUCACUCCAACAAUAAAUACUACAUCUACAGCGGGGGCCUCCUCAUCCUGAGUGCCACUGAAUCGGACGCUGGCCUGUACACCUGUGACUCAGUAGAGCUGAUCACCGGCAGAGCAUACAACCGGACUGUGGCGGUUUAUCAUUUACAGCUCUACUCUGGCGCAGGAGCCGGGGACUACACUACUCUUGGCAAUCAGGUAACAAAUUCCUCAAACUCUAUUCACAGUCUGACUACAGCUGCACCAGGGCUUGUACUUACGCCAAACCUGGUCAGCGAGGACCCGUUGUCUCCCGAGACCCAAAGCAACACUAGCAGGGUGACUCAUUUGGAGGUGGCGGUGGCUCUGCUGUCGCUGCUUUGUCUCUCCCUGAUGGGAGUAUUAUUUUGGGUGUGGCUUCAGGGACGCUGGGAAUGCUUCAAGUUUGGGAAACGGCCCAGCGAAAGCGAGCGGAAAAGGCAGUCAGCUGAAUACAUGCACAUCCCUAACAGAACUUCAGAGAUUAAGCUCCUGGGGCCUGAGUCUGGAAGACCUUGCAGAGCCAAUAAUAAUCACUCUGCUGUUGACUUCAAAGGGAACGGGGAGCACCACUUCACACCUAUGGCCACCAUUUCAAAUCUGGACGGGCUGGGAUACAUAAAUGAUGAGUCAGAGAUUUGACUCUGCUGAGGUAUAGAAUUCAGCCAAAGGCUGACAACAGUGCACUAAUUAUCUUCCUAUAGAUGUGCUGCCGUAGAACACAUUUCACAUUAUAAAUUCUUGUUCUUCAUGUUUCUUCUUGCCAAUAUCCUCCACUGUCUUAUCAUUUCUGUUUUGACUGGGCAGCUGAUGAUGAGACUUACCAGGAUUUAUGAUGGAAUUUCACUACUGGAAAUGGUUAAAAUGUCAUUUUAUAUAUGUAUUUUUUUUGUACAAUGAUAAAUUGUGAAUACACACUGUAAUAUAUUGUGUACAGGUAAGAGCUUUUCUUUUCAACUACUAUUUAUUAUGCACAAUGUUUUUAAUCAUUAAAGCUUGUAAAUAGUGUCAGCAAGUAGCACAAACUUUGACCUCUGAUUUACAGGCAGUUUCAUUUUAUGGACUGUUUUAUUCAAGACAGCAUUCAUCAGCCAGAGAGCAUAUUGGCCAGUCUUUGGCUGUGGCGUUAAUGAUUGACUCUUUUUUGGGACGGAUGUCCACCUUUCCCUUUCUUUGUGUUGGAAUUCUAAACUCCGGUGGAAUUACUGCUCCUCAGAUCUCUGCAGGGUAUAUCCAGACAGCUAGCUAGACUAUCUGUCCAAUCUGAGUUUUCUGUUGCACGACUAAAACAAGCUUUUGAACGUAAACAUUUCCACCAAAACAAAUUCCUUUCCCGAGGCUAUUUUGCAGAGGCACAGUGGCUCUGAGCUUUGCUUAGCGACGCCAAAGACGAUUGUGAUUGUUCACGAUUGUGCAUGUUUUUCUCCCAAACUGGAAUGCUGUUCCUGCUGCUAGCCAGACCCUCCUUUACAGCGCUGUGGAAGAAGGUCUGGCAAAGCAAGACUGAAAGAUCGAUCAAUAGCCUACUGCUUAUUUCUGAGUCUCUGUUAAAAAAUGGACUACACAUUUAUCUAUGCAUUUAAGGUAUAGAGUGAACUCCAUACCUCUAUAUUCCAUAACAAAAACAUGAGAGUAUUUCUCUCCAGUAAAUAUAUCAUCAUUGAGAGGGAACUAGCAUGUCAUUUGAAUGUAGAAGUGUGGGUGUCGGUGAAUUCACUCCUUGCAUCAGAGACAGCCCAGAUAAUAAUUUUGUUUUUUGGUGUCAACUUUUUGAAAACUGCAGCCCUUGUUGAUUAUUUAAAAAAAAAAAAAAAAAACUUUCUUGGGAGUUUGACACGUGUCUAGCUGUCAGAUUACCUUCUCACAACACAGCUGAGCAGUGAAUGUGUAAGCGCUGCUGGGAGUUCACCUUGGCACGCUUGCUUUCUUGAUGUUUCCAACUGACACUCCCGUGGGUUGCGUGACGGGAUGAUGUCAACAGAAAGACACACUGACUCCAGUUACCUCAGAAGUGUUUGUUUUUGUCAAAAACGUCUGAGACCAAACUAAAUUACAGGAAUGUAGCCCGAAUCUGCUGUUUUUCACACUCUGUCAUUAACUGUGCUCAGAGCCGCUUUGUUUUAGCUCUAACAAGUACUGUAGAAAUGAGAGGGUUGAAGUGGGUUUCCGCUCAAUUAUUCAGCAGUUUAUAAGGAAGAGGUUAUAUAUUGAUCUUAUCCGGUGAUAAAUUAAUAGAAUAUUGCUGAUGCA